AGUUGUCAAUUUGGGGCGAGAGAACAGAAAAGAAAACACUAGAGAAAGGCACAAAUAAAGAAAACUCAAGAAAAAUUAAUAAAAAAAUAUAAAAAUAAGCUAAAUAAUAGAAAAUAUAAAUAUUUUAAAUAUAUUUUUAAAGAAAUAAUACAAAAAAAUACAGGCGAACGCAUAAUUAAUUAAACUAAUAAAUAAAAUUUGCUCAUAUAGGAAAAAAGAAAAACUAUGUCACUAAUCGAUAAAUUACAAGAACAAGAGCCAAUACCAUUGGCCGAUGAUGAUCCACAGGUUAUCAUUAACGAUGAUGAUCAACGUUCAAACAUUCCCAAUGGUCAUUCAAUGGAUUCUCUAAGGUCCUCCUUUACUAAUCGCAGUUCUACCCCUGACUCGCACAAUUCUUUAGACCCGGAAAUUAGUCCAGAUGAAAAAGAGGAGAAAGCGCGUUUAAUUACCCAAGUAUUGGAGUUACAAAAUACUCUAGAUGAUUUGUCGCAACGUGUCGACUCGGUUAAAGAAGAGAAUCUUAAAUUGCGUUCAGAAAAUCAAGUUUUGGGUCAAUAUAUAGAGAAUCUUAUGUCUGCAUCAUCAGUAUUUCAAUCUACUAGUCCAAAUUCAAAAAAGAAGUAAAUUCUAUUUACUCUAUCACAGCUUUUAUCCAAUACAUGCUUGUUCUUAAGUUAAAAUUUUUUAUUGAAAAGUGUUAUUUUUCUUUUUUUAUUUACUGAAUACUCACGACGAUAUUUAUGUUCUCAUAUAAUAUAUUUAUAUUUUUAUAUUAUACCUACCAUUAGUUAAAUAUUCCAAUCAAAAUGCAUAUUUAUACACAUAUAGAAUUGCAAUAAAAUGCCUUUUUUAAAUGUAAGCAAACAUAUAUACAUAUAUUUUAACGUAAUUUGCUUUAUUGAAAAAUUUAUUAUUUUAAAAAAUAAAAGUACAGCUUAAAAUAAAGAA